AGGUUACUAUUCGGUAUCCAUACCGCGCACAAUCCCGCCUAAUGACAGUUAGAGUUAUGACAGUGAGUGUGACAGUUUUAAUCCAAGUGUCAAAAAUAAUAAUUAUGUAAAUGCGUUGUAAAACCUCCCGUGACGAGAUUUAACCGUGUCAAAGUUCACCACCGGCCAAAGUGACAUGUUUUUGUUUACAUUCCACUAGUGUUACCCUGCCAUGGCGCACAAUUCCCAAAAUACUCAUCCCCGUCUCUUAAUGACCCACACUAGUUCCCUGCCGAAUUUCCAGCGUCGAACGGCGGACAGUGCCCGCCAAUUACGCGAUAACUUCAAUAACGUAAUCCGGGAAAUCCAGCCGUUGGUGGAAACGGCCCGAACUGUGAACGCCGGUGUGCAAAAUGCCAUCUCAAUGACGAACUUUCUGCACAGGCCGCCAGAACAGGCCAACACGAGCCAGGACAACAGUUUUGUGAUCGACCUAGACGUGCAGCAGGAGCCCCCCAAUGAGCAGAACCCGGACGUGGGGCGGAGCGCCGACGAGUUGAACAGUGUGGAGCGGGCGCAGACUGUGGUCGAAAUGCAGCAGUUUUUCCAAGUGGUGCUCAAAUACGUGCCGUUUGUGCUGAUCCUGCUGGCGAAGGCUGUGUACGACUACCACGAUUCGAUUUUCAUUUUGGUGAUUUUGUUCACGACUUUUGCACACACGAACUCGGCUGUGAAGAAGGAGACUACGAAGAGGGAUCGGCGGAGUUUGGCGACGUUGGCCAUCGAGUUGUUGUACAUUUUCGUGUGCUCUGUCUUCGUUUUGUACAUUUUUGAAGAUGAGCUUGAUCAUUUCGAUGUGGUCUUCCAUUUGUUUUUGAUCAGGACUUUUACUGAGCCCCUGACUGUGGGCAAGCUGUUGUGGAUUGUCACCAUCACGGACUUUGCCCUUAAAUUAGUCACAGUCGCAAUAAAAAUCCUGUUGACGAUGCUUCCGGAAAAAAUCGCCCCGUUUCAGAAAAGGGGCAAAGUUUAUCUAUUUAUUGAGGCAAUUUCACAAAUGUAUAGAAGUAUUGCGACCAUCCAGCCCUGGCUUCACUACCUCUUGGAGUCCUACCAAGGGCCUGAAAAAGUCGUCGCUGUUUUCCUUUCAGCGUUUUACAUGAUUUCAAAGGGGACGGAUUUAAUGUCCCGCAUGAAACUCCUGAAAACUGCUUUUUUCAAGCUCCUCCAGAAUGUUACUGUGGGCUCGUCCCCCAGCAAGGAGCAGAUCCAGACGGCGGGGGACCACUGUCCCAUCUGCCACGACAACUACGAUUCCCCCGUCCUCCUCCAAUGCAGGCACAUUUUUUGCGAAAACUGUGUAACAACGUGGUUUGACCGCGAACAGACUUGUCCCUUAUGCCGAGCCAAAAUCGUAGACGACCCUUCAUGGCGCGAUGGCUCAACCUCAUAUUUUAUACAAUUAUAUUGAAUCAAAAAUAUAUUUUAAACUGUU